AUGGCGAGUUUCAUCGCCAAGCAACUCAUUGGGAGCCAGUUGGACUCGGUUAAAGGAGCUCUGGGCGACAAGAAAGACGAAGGCGGGUCUUCUGGCGCGAGGGAAAUCGAUCCCGAAGUCGAGGAGGCCUUGCGAGAAGCCGAGCAGCGAAGACAGGAGAAGCACCGAAAAAUGGAAGAAGAACGUGAGGCAAUGCGCCAAGACAUUCGCGAUAAGUAUGGGAUAAAGAAGAAGGAGGUGGAGAUCGAUUUUGACGAGAUCAUGAUGAACAACGAAGGGGGCCGAUUGGGGAGGAAACGAAAGACGCCGGCCGAACUGGCUGCCGAAGCAGACCUCGCUGCGGCUGACGAAGACUCCCUCAUCGGAAUGCUGCCAGAGAGCAUGCGUGGAAUCGCGUCCAAAGUAACCGAAGCCCCUGGGAAACUCAUUUCGGAGGCGUCAGAGAAAUGCCUCCUGUCCUAG